CUGGUUUACAGAAUGGAGGAGCCACUGUCAACGGAGAUGUCUUUCAGGAGUCCAACGGUCCCACGGAUGCCUACGCAGCCAUAGCCAAGGCUGACCGGCUGACCCAAGAACCUGAGAGCAUCCGCAAGUGGAGGGAGGAGCAGAAGAAGCGCCUGGAGGAGCUGGAUGCGGCAUCGAAGGUGGAAUGGCGUGAGAAGGCCAAGAAGGACCUGGAGGAGUGGAACCUGCGUCAGAAUGAGCAGAUGGAGAAGAACCGGGCAAACAACAGGAUCGCUGACAAAGCCUUUUACCAGCAGCCGGACGCCGAUGUCAUUGGCUAUGUGGCCUCGGAGGAAGCAUUCCUGAAGGAGUCCAAGGAGGAGACCCCGGGCUCCGAGUGGGAGAAGGUGGCCCAGCUCUGUGAUUUCAACCCCAAGAGCAGCAAGCAGAGCAAGGAUGUCUCCCGGAUGCGCUCGGUGCUCAUCUCCCUCAAACAGACGCCCCUGUCCCGCUAGCUGCCGCCUGGCACGGCCGGGAGCACAGCAAGGCAAGGCCAGGCUCACGGAGCCGGGAGGCUUCGUGGGGCCAGCCCAGGAGGGCCCUCACCCUCCCUGCCCCCUGCUCCCUGCUCCGUGCCUCGGCUGUGCUCGAGUCACUGGUGUAACUCUCCCCAUGGUUUUCCUUUGCUUAAAAGGUG